AUGACGGGUCGAAAGCCAGCUCAGAAGAAUUUCUACAUUACCACCUAUCCUCGAUUAGCGCCAGAGAAGCUGAGACUAAUUCUGGUUCGCAAUGGGGAGUCGUGUAAUCGACUUGCACCUGAUUGGCAUGAAAGAGCGUUUGAUGACGGAUACAAGAUGAUCGAUUCCAAUCAGCCAGUCAAGGUCCCUAUUUCGCGGCCUCAUGCCGACUUCAAACAUGAUGACUUUCUGACCAAUGUAAAUUCCUAUUUAAAUGGUUGAUCUAUCUCAUUAAUCGUUACAGGUUGGCUUAUUCACCGCUGAAACGGUUGGCCGUUAUAUGGAAAAGAUCCAGUUGUCCCCGUCCGCCGUAAUAUCCUCUCCCGCUCUUCGAUGCGUCCAAUCAGCCACGGCUUUAUUGAAGAAAUCAGGCGAUAAAACGACCAAGAUCCUUAUUGAACCAGGAUUGUAUGAGCCGAUGCUUUUCCACAAAAAGGUUUGUCCCAUGCAUACAUCACCUUCUUCUAGUGUCCACCGCUCAUGACCCUCAAUGCUCUUGAAGAAGCCAGGUUCCCAGUGAAUACGAACCAUGAUCCUAUCAUGAGUUUAGAUAUGAUGCGAACCUUGGCAACUCAAGUAAGUGGAUGUCCCAUAAAGAUCACAAUAAUUGUUCAGGAAGGUCCCCAUGACUUUUACAACCGUGUCGGUCAAGUGGUUCGAACUAUCAUGGAUGGGUUUGAUUGCAAUAAAGAAGGGACCGUUAUUAUCGUCACCCACGCUCCCGUCAUCGAUGCUAUUCUUCGUUACAUGUUGCGUAAGACCUAUAAUAUUGCGAGACGUUUCUUUCAGGUCUUUAUUGCCCUUGGAGUAUCGCGGAUGUGAUUCGAUUGGGAGUUCGUUAUCCAUUCUCGGGCACGGUGGUCUUGGAGAGAGAUCUGGGUAACUCUGAGAAGGCCAAAGGGAAAACUUGGACCUUGAAUCCAUAUGUGAUCCCAUCUUUUCAUUGCGGCUUUACUAAUCUCCAAGUGGAAAUCCCCGAGGUGAAGCCAUUCUUCGGUGCCCAAGCUACGAAACAACGUUAA